AUGCGAUUCUCCUCGGCGGCGUUGCCAGCGCUGCUGCUGGCCCUGUCGUCGGCUGUAUCGACAGCUGUCGCGUCGUUUACGCCACCUGCCGCCUUUAAAAAUGCCAAUCUUGUUCAUGUUGUUUCGGCCGAAAAGAGCUAUAUUAAAGAGACGAUUAACGUGCUCGUCGAGAACAUUGCCAAGACGCCGCAGGAUGAGUACUACUUGGCCAUUCCGACAGAUAAGUUUGCCCGGGUGGGUGGCUUUGAGGUGAAAGACCGCAAAGACACGGCGGCCGGAGACUUCAUCGUGGAGGCUGUCGAGGCGGAUCCGGCCAGCUCGACACAAUAUUACCGUAUCCGCCUGCCCAAGGCGCUCGAUGCUGGCGCCCAGCAGACUCUGGGCAUCACCUACUACGUUCUUAACGCGUACCGGCCGCUGCCUGCCCUCAUCGCGCAGGACGACAAGCAGUACCUCGUCUACGACUUCUCGGCGUACUGUCCCUCCGCGUACGAGACCACCAAGCAGAAGACCGAGGUCAAGUUCCCGACAUCCGACGUGCCCGAUUAUACACAGCUGCCCAAGAAGGAGCUCUCGCAGAAGCAAGGGGCGAAGAUUACGUACGGCCCCUUUGAGGCACAGCCAGCCGGGGCGCUACUGCCCGUGGAGGUGCGGUUCGAGUUCACGAAGCCCGUCAACCACGUCCAGCGGCUGGAACGCGACAUCGAGGUCAGCCACUGGGGUGGCAAUGUGGCUUUUGAGGAGCGGUAUACGCUGGUCAACCACGGUGCCAACCUGUCGACGCUGUUCAACCGCGUCAAGUGGGCACAGUCGGCCUACUAUAACCCGGCAAGCUCGGCCCUCAAAGAGAUGCGGUUCCCUCUGCGGCCCGGCAGCGCCGACGCUUACUACACUGACGUUAUCGGUAACGUGUCCACGUCGCGGUUCCGUGACGGCAAGCGCGAGGCCCUUCUCGAGAUCAAGCCCCGGUACCCCGUGUUCGGCGGCUGGACGUUCCCGUUCACGAUUGGUUGGAACGCGGACGCCGGUGCGUUCUUGCGCCAUCUCACACAGGGUAGCAGCCGCUACGUACUCAACGUGCCGUUCCUCGAGGGCCCUAAGCAACACGAGGGCGUCGAGUACGAGCAGGUUCGACUACAGAUUUUGCUGCCAGAAGGCGCUGAGAACGUCAAAUUCGCAGCCGCAAUCCCUUCCAACUCCAUCACGACGUCAACGGUGACACUGCAGAAGACCUUCCUGGACACAGUGGGACGGACGGCCGUCGUAGUUGAGGCCCGCAACUUGGUCGACGAGUUCCGGGACCGCGAGGUGAUUGUCACGUACGAUUAUUCGCUGCUGGCAAGCCUCCGCAAGCCUAUUAUCGUGUUCUCGAGCGUUCUGGGUUUGAUUGUGGCUGCGUACGCGAUUGGCAGCGUGGAGCUCAAGUUUUCGAAGAAAUAG